CUGCAGCAUGGAUGCGAUAGGUUGAACCUGGACAUGAAUCUCCCCAUGGAUUUCCUCAAUUGCAGCCACAACUUUCAAGAAGGAUUGUGCUGUAUUAAACCGAAGAUUACAUGGAGGAUAGACAUCACAGAUAGAUCCUGACCAUCACCCAAGGAACGACUGUACAACUAUGGGAAUAUGUCCAGUCCCUUCACAGCAUUGCUCAGCACAGAGAAGGUUGGGCAGUCAAGCCAUCAUCUGGAAAUUGGUCGGGUCCGGGGAGCUUUGACACAUCAUCAGAUCUGAAACUAGUCAGUGGUGUGGAACUUUCCAUCAGAACCAACCUUUUUGAAGGUUUGGUGAUCGGUCAGGGUGAGACCGGGAAAAAGUGUGAGUGGCUUUAAGUGUGGUGGGAGCUUCAGUCAUUCAUCGAGCCUCAUGAACCACUGACUCAGUCCUACAGGGGAGAGGGGUGUGAGAACAGCUCAGUGUCUAACAAAAGGUGUAAUUGGUGUGUGCCUGUGAAUACAAGGUCAGCUUUAUGGAACAAAAACGUUUCAAAUGUGAGGUUUGUGACAAAGCCUUUGUGAAAUCUACCCACCUCCUGAUACACCAGAGAAUACACACAGGGGAGAAACCAUUCAGAUGUCAGGUAUGUCAGGCAGCUUUCACCCAAUCUUCCAAUCUCCUGACACACCAGAAGUUUCACACAGGAGAAAAGCCAUUCACAUGCAAGGUUUGUGACAAAUCUUUCUCGCGGUCAUCAAGUUUCCGUGAACACCAAUAUACUCACACUGGGGAGAAACCGUUCAGGUGCAAAGCUUGUGAUAAAUCAUUCUCACUAUCUUCAACUCUCCAACGACACCAACGUACUCACACAGGGGAAAAACCAUUUGUGUGCAAGAUUUGUGACAAAUCAUUCUUGCAGUCAUCCACUCUCCAUGCACACCAACGCAUUCAUACUGGAGAAAAACCAUUCAAAUGUAACGUGUGUGAUAGAUCAUUCGCACUGUCAGGGAACCUCCGCACACACCAACGCACUCACACAGGAGAGAAACCGUUCACAUGCGAUGCCUGUGACAAGUCGUUCACACAGUCAGGGAACCUUCGUAUACACCAACGCAUUCACACAGAAGAGAAACUGUUCAAGUGUUUGGUGUGUGAUAAGUCAUUCCUAGAUUCAUCAAGCCUCCUGGUCCAUCAAAAGAUUCACAUGGAAGAGAAACCUUUUAAGUGUGAGGUCUGUGACCGAACCUUUGCACAAUCAUGGACACUCAUGAAUCACAGACGCAUUCACACCGGGGAGAAACCAUUCAAGUGUGAGGUGUGUAACCAUGGCUUUGUACAAUCAUCAGGCCUGGUGAACCACCGGCGGAUUCACACUGGGGAGAAACCAUUCACAUGCAAGGUAUGCAACAAAUCAUUCUCACGGUCAUGGACUCUUCAUGUGCACCAACGUGUUCACACGGGGGAGAAACCAUUCAGGUGUGAUGUGUGUGACAAAUCAUUCUCAGAUGCAUCAACACUCCAAAAACACCAACGCAUUCACACGGGGGAGAAACCAUUCACAUGUGAGGUGUGUGACAAAGCAUUCUCAAAGUCAUCGACCCUCCUCGUGCACCAACGCAUUCAUACAGGGGAGAAGCCAUUCACAUGUGAGGCCUGCAUAAAGUCAUUCUCAUCUUUAUCAGAUCUCCGCAAACAUCAACGUAUUCACACAGGUGAGAAACCAUUCAAGUGUGAGGUAUGUGACAAAUCAUUCUCGUCAUCAUCAGAUCUCCACAAACAUGAACGGAUUCAUACAGGGGAGAAGCCUUUCAGGUGUGCUGUGUGUGACAAAUCAUUCUCCUUGCUGUCGAAUCUCCGCACACACCAACGUAUUCAUACUGGGGAGAAACCGUUCAGGUGUAAGGCAUGCAAUAAAUCAUUCUCUGAUUCAUCAAGACUUCUGCUUCAUCAGAGGAUUCACACAGGGGAGAAACCAUUCACAUGCAAGGUUUGUGAAAAAUCAUUCUCAUCAUCAUCAAACCUCCACACACACCAACGUAUUCACACUGGGGAGAAGCCAUUCAGAUGUAAGGCAUGUGACAAAUCAUUCUCUGAUUCAUCAAGACUUCUGCUCCAUCAGAGGAUUCACACAGGAGAAAAGCCAUUCAAAUGCAAGGUGUGUGACAAAUCAUUCUCUGACUCAUCAAACCUCCGGACACAUCAACGAAUUCACACAGGGGAGAAACCAUUCAAAUGUGAGAUAUGUUACAAAUCAUUCUCUGAUUCAUCAAGACUCCUGCUGCAUCAGAGAAUUCACACAAGUGAGAAAUCCUUCCUAUGCAAGGUGUGUAAUAAAUCGUUCUCAGACCCAUCAACCCUCCGGAGACAUCAAAGAAUUCACACAGGAGAGAAACCAUUCACAUGUGAUAUGUGUGACAAGUCGUUCUCAAGGUCCUGGAACCUCCUGCUUCAUCAUAGGAUUCACAUGGGGGAGUAAUCCACCAGCGUUUGUGGUAAACAUUUUGGCAUCUUCAACCCUUUUCAGAUACCAGCAGAUUCACAUGGAAGAAAAUCUGAAGGUGUGAUAUGUAUGACAAAAUGUUCACACAUUUUUUGCGAAUCUUUUAAAAUACCAAUGGAUUCACACUGUUGAGAAACCAUUCAGAAAUGAGGUGUUUGACAAGACUUUCACACAGUUAAUGUAUCUCCUGCUCCAUCAAAGCAUUCACACAAUCAGUCUGAGUUCUAUCAUAAAGCUUUCAGACAGUUGUUGGAUCUCCUGGAACAUCAGUUAAACCACACUGGAACUGACUAAACAAAUUCCUGCUGAAUUUUUCUUAAAGUGUGAACCUCUUUGCAAAUGGUAUUGGGAUAUCGAACAAGCAGCAGCUUUCACUCCCAUCAAACAACUAGUGAUGACAUCACCAGUGCUGAGGGAUGAUGAUGUAACAAUGGAGUCACCCUGCAGUGUGAUGUCAGUGAAACAGGACUUGGAGUAACCCCCAGGCAGUGAGGACAGCCCGCUGUGUUUGUAUCCAGAGGGUUAAUACACACGAUGCAUGGAUUCAGAAAACAAUUUUUCUCAAUUCAAUUUCAUCUGCUAUAAAGUGUUUGCAAAGGAAGACAGUGAAUCUGACAGACAAGUGUAUUCCACCAGGCAAACAAAUGUCACAACAGAGUGCAACUUUUCAAAUGUUUCAGGAGGUUUAAUGAAAGGUUGACCAUUCAGGAUUACCUUUUACAGUAAGGGGUUAUUGGACAAACAAAAAUAAGGUGGUUGUCCAAGGUGGCAUCUGUACAAAGGGCGUCUGGGUCAUUAUUCUUGAAGGGAUGAGAACAGAGAUACUGAAACACGUCCCACACAAACCAUCAAGGAGCUGGGUCUAGUUUGAGGAAGGUAAGAGAAGUGCUGCAUUGGUCAAACAUGAGCCAAAUUUUUGAACAAAUUUGAUCGAUCAGCAGCAACAAAUCCUUUAUUCUUUCAUGAAAUGUGGAAACUACUGGGCAUAACAACAUUUGUGGCUCAUCUCUUAUUGCCCUUGAACUGAUUGGUUUGCUAGGCCAGUUAAGAGUCAACAGCACUGCUGUGAGUCUGAAGACAAUAAGAUCACUCCUGAAAGGUCAUUAAUGAACUGUCAUGACUCACUGGGAUAGUACAUUGAAAAUCAAGCCCAGUACUCCUGAGCCAGCACAGAAGUUAACAUUUUAAAAAGAAAAUCUCCAAACUACCUGAUUUUCAGACCCAGGUUGAUAUAAAGCACAGACCAGAUCUCUGUACUUAAAAUUAAAAAUACUAUUUGUUAUAGGCAGUUAGACCUAGCAACAGGUAUACAAUUCAAUUAAGAGAACUCUACUAAUUCAAACUGUAAACCUCUUAUAAACCCCCCUUACAAAUAAGUGAACAGAAACAGUGAUACAAAUUGUGGCCAAUCUAAAAGCUGUAAAAACAACUCUGCAGACUUUGUUCUCAAGAUCUGUUGGAUUGGUCCUUGCUGAUCUGAAGGUUUUUCCUGAACCUUCCUUUUUCCAAAUGCUUCCAUUGGUUUGGAAAAGGCAAAGAGUAUCUGAAAGGUCUCUGACUUAUCCAGUUGAAAGACCCAACUUGCGGGAUGUGCUGAAGGGACAAUAAACUGGUUUUCUUCUGGUUUAAAGUGGCUUAUGGUAGAGAAUUAAGAGAACGAGCUUUUAACUACUGCAGACCUGUUGACUUUUCUGGUCUGAAAAGGCUUCUCUCUGUUUUAUUCAUAGCCCAAGCUGCUCAGCUACCGAGCAGCCACUCGUGGUUGUUGGAGGCAGAGGAUCCUUGUCAUUGAAAACUGGCCAUAGCCCACAAACCAAACAACUUCACUUGUAAACAACUCGUCAGCACAUUGCUGGACCCCAGAACUAUACAAACAAUAUCACAACUGGUAUCAAAUUUCUUGAUUUCAAAAUAUAUUUUGUAACAGUUCUUUCUCAUUUCAGUCCACAGUUUUAAAUCACAUGAAAAUGAAAAGAUACGCUCUUUACAGAACCAAAGUGUUUUUUUCAAAAACCAAUUAUAGCUUCAUGGCCAGCAUUAUUGAGACUAGAUUUAAUUUCCAGAUUUAUUCAUGGUAUUUAAAUUCCAUCAGCUGGUGUAAUGGAGCUACCAAGGCAAUUACGUUCCUCAGAAAGACAAAUGUCAUUAAGAAAACAGCAAACAUCACAUGAAGAGUCACCAACAACUCAAAUACAUGCCGUGAGAAGAGCAGUGCACUUCACAGAUUGUGUGCAUUGCUGUGAAUAGACAAAAAACAUUGGAACAGACUGGAAACAAUCAAUUGUUUUUUUUUCCAAUUCUUUUUAUGUUUGGACCAAUUUGCAACAGUAUUGCAUACAGUAUU